AUGACUGAGAUGCAGACCUUCUACCACACAGUGCGUCGGUCCCCAAGUCUCUACCUGGAGCCCACCUUGAUGCAGAGACGUAUCCUUGAAGACCAGGUGGAGCUGUGGUGGUUCAGAGAGCCGCGUCGCUCCUUGCUGUGUUACUGUGCCUCAGUUGCCCUCAUACUGGGGCUGGGCCUUGGCGGCGUGGGCCUCCUCUCCACCACCACGAGCCUGUCCGGGGAGUGGCGACUCGGGGUGGGCACCACCCUCUGCCUCUUAGCCCUCGCUGUUCUGCUCAAGCAGCUCCUGAGCUCUGCCAUCCAGGACAUGAACUGUGUGCACAGCCGUCGUCGGAUCAACCAGCUGAAGAGUGGCGGGAGGGCUGACCCGGCGCUGAUUCUUGCCGUGGGGUUGGCAGUGAUGCUCUGUGGGACAGUGCUGCUCUGUGUGGCCACAAUUGGCAGCAAAGGUCAUGACAGCAGGGAAAUGUUGGUGUCUGGUCUGGUGCUGAUGACUGCUGGGACCGGCAUGGCGCUAGCUGUAGUGGGCUAUAGUGUGCUGGACUACCUUAAGAGGCAAAGGGAGCAGAGGAGGAGAAGGAUGAUGAGAAUGAACAGAGCCAGGAGGCUGUUGUUCACUGUCUCAGGAGGACAGAUGAGCCAAGCCAGGAGAGAGACGUCCUCGAGCAGGACCAACCUGAUCUGA